AAAAGUAACUAUAAUUACAGCUGGGUUGCUGCACAAGGGGGAUCGGAAUCCUAUUUGAUCAUCUUCUUCUCUUAAGACACUAACCAACGAUGGCUAUGCCUACCCCCUUAAACAAUAGGCUUUCCAUUGCCAAGGAAAGAAUUGGCCAAUGGGAUUUUUCUCAGGAAAUUCCAACUGAUGUUCUGGUUGUAGUUGGUGAAACAAAUUUCUCUCUUCACAAGUCCAUUCUGGUUGCGAAGAGCAAUUACAUAAGAAAACUUAUAUUGGAAUCGAAAGAAGCAGAUUUAAGAAGAAUAAAUUUAUCGGAGAUACCAGGAGGCGUGGAGAUGUUCGAGAAAGUGGCAAAGUUUUGUUAUGGAGAGAACUUUGAAAUCACUGUGCAUAACGUUGCGGCUCUCCGUUGUGCGGCGGAGUAUCUAGAAAUGACAGACAAAUAUUGCGACAAUAAUCUGGCUGGUCGCACUGAAGACUUCCUAAAUCAAGUGGCUUUGUCAAGUGUGUCGGGAGCGAUGGUUGUGCUUAAAUCGUGUGAAGAUCUUCUUCCCUUUGCUGAAGACCUUCAAAUUGUUCAACGAUGCAUUGAUGUCGCUGCUGCUAAGGCUUGUUACGAGGCCAACUUCCCAUAUAGAGCACCAGGAAACCGGUGGACUGAGGAGCUACCAAUCUUAGACAUUGAAAUGUUUGGUAGAAUCUUGACCGCCAUGAAGAAACGAGGCGCCAAAUCCGUAGCUCUCUGCAGCGCCAUAAUCACAUACGCUGAAAGAUCACUUCGAGAUCUCGUCAGAGAUCACUCUGCCAAACUGUUAGAUUCAGUUGAUUCUCAACUCAGAAUCCAACAACGUGAUCUUCUUCAAUCCAUUGUCUCCCUUAUGCCCUCUGAAAAAGCCGCUUUCCCCAUUAACUUCCUCUGCUGCCUUCUCCGCUCGGCAAUCUUCCUUAAAGCUUCAAACUCCUGCAAGAACGAGCUCGAAAAAAGGAUCUCAUCAAUACUUGAACAUGUGAAUGUGGACGAUCUUCUUGUUCUUUCUUUCACAUAUGAUGGUGAAGGGCUGUUUGAUUUAGAAAGCGUAAGGCGGAUCAUAAGUUCGUUUGUGGAGAAGGAGAAGAGUAUGGCGGUUUUCAGCGGUGGAAAAUUCAAAGAUGCUUGUUCAGCGGCGAUGCAUAGAGUUGCUAAGACUGUGGAUGUAUAUCUUGGGGAAAUUGCAACAUCUUCUGAACUCAGUAUGUCGAAAUUCAAUGGGAUUGCUAAUCUUGUUCCCAAAGGUUCACGAAAGGUUGAAGAUAAUCUCUAUCGUGCCAUUGACAUCUAUCUGAAGGCGCAUCCGAAUCUUGACGAGAUAGAGCGAGAGAAAGUGUGCGGAUCAAUGGAUCCUUUAAAACUUUCAUAUGAAGCUCGAGUACAUGCAUCACAGAAUAAAAGAUUGCCGGUGCAGAUUGUUUUGCAUGCUUUAUAUUAUGAUCAGCUGAAGCUAAGAAGUGGGGCGGAUGAGCGAAGCAAGCCGGAUGCUGCUACAGCAAGAAACCAAUUGCAGGCAGAUGUUUCACUGAUUAAAGAAAAUGAAGCUUUGAGAUCAGAGCUGUUGCAGAUGAAGCUUUACAUAACAGAUAUGCAGAAGAGUCAAGGGACAAGUUCUAGCAAUAGCAAAGCUGGCCAAAGAAAGAAUACAUUUUUCUCUUCGAUGUCCAAGACUCUUGGUAAGUUGAAUCCCUUCAAACACGGAUCUAAAGACACUUCAAAUAUUGAGGAUAAUAGUGGUGUGGAUAUUACCAAGCCUAGGAAGAGAAGGUUUUCCAUUUCUUAAUUUGUUUUUAUAUAUCAUUCUGUGUGAUAUAUUACUAUGUAUUUUAAGUCCCCUUCAGGCUUGUUGGGGGAAGAUUUAUGUUGUUUUCUGAUUAUAUUUGGUUAUUUGGGUGGUUUAUUUA